AUGCAGUCAUUCGUUUACCUUUUCUUCUUUGCGAUUCUUCGCCUUUGCCAGGCCAUCACCUCGCCUGACAUCUACUCCUUCACUCAGCCCAAUGUUGCGACACCAGGUCUUGGAGAUGCAUCUCUCAGCGCCACUGUUCCUUCGAAGUCGAGGUUUGGCACUGGUCCGGAUUCUGGUGUAAACAUCUUCCUGCCGAACUACAAGUCGGACCCUAAUUGGCUUCCAUUGGUGCUGUCGCUCAAGACAGUUGGUCUACAGGUCAAGGUCAGCGAAGCACUCAACAUUACUACCCAGACGAGGACCCUCCUUAUCUACACAUCUCCAAGCGUGUCCUACAGCCCGACCACCGCGGAUGUGACUGCCCUCACAAACUUCGUGACCAAUGGUGGCAGCCUCAUUUUCAUGAACCAGGUCCCUACCGCUCUUCGCGCGCUUGCAGGUGUAUCUGCGUCAACGAUUGACACCACCUACAAGAGGUCCAUCCUCCAGCUUUCCAACGCUGCAGAUGCCAGUGCCUCAGCUCUACGCGGAUUUGACUUCGCCAACUACUACGACAUCAGCAUGCCGAUCUUCGAGAACUACACUGCCAAGGGUCUUGUUAAUGUUGGUUACACACCUACGAAUGGCUCAAUUGCUUUGGGCAACUGGAUUGUGCGCAACAAUGGAGUUGAUAGCCCCGACACCUCAGCUACACAUACAGCCUUUGUUAGGAACCAGCCAUCCGGUGCCAAAGGUAUGGUAUACAGUUUUGGUAUGGACAUUGGAUACCUCUACAUCCGAGCACUCGACGAGAGCGGUGGUUACUCCGAGAACUACGAUGGCUACUACUACCCCGGGUAUGACAUCGGAACUCGCGUCAUCAAGAACAUCCACACUUCCGCUGCUCACUAUGUCAGCCUCUGGACGGUGCCGUACAACAAGGGCUUAGCCUUCACCACUACCUGGGACAUUGAUACCUAUGUAUCUUACCCUCACGGCCAAGGUAUGGCUGCUGCUGCCAUGGAGCGGGGUGCUUAUGGCAAUCUGAACCUUCACACCAAGUACGUCACCGACGCCUACGAAAGGGCCUACUUCCAAUACGGCGUGCCCUACAUCUACCAGAUCUCUGGGUUCCCAGUUGCGGCCGAUGGCUUCGCUACCAUCGACUUCGGCAGCCACUCUGUCAGCCAUUCUCCCAAUGCUGUGGACUUUCCUUCCGGUACCGGUGCGGAGCGUUACAUUCAGGGAACCAGCUCGGGCUACUACCCAUACAUCCACCAGUGUUCUUCCACCACUCCGGAUGGGACGCCUACCAACGGCGAGGACUGUGAACAGGGAGGAACCAGCGGUCUCGCCUUCUGGACCGAGGGUGGUACUGCGUCAGGUGAAGUACGUGCGAGCGGUUACCUUAUUCGCCACGUCAUGAACGACAUCUUCGGAACGAACUACAACCUGACCACCUACCGUCCGGGUAACCUUGCAUGGAACAAGUAUCAGGCCAACCACUGCGCUUCCAACGGAUUCAUUGGCGGUUCCUCAUGCUCGGGUAACUCUCACCUCAGUCAUCUCCCGUUCCAGGUCACGCACAACCGCGAGUCAUUCCAAGAGCUUCCGUACUUCGAGUUUCCUCUCCAGUGGUCCGAUGGUGAUGGCAACAUGAGCAGCGCCGAUUUCCCUGGUUCAGACUUUAGGAAGCAAGUCAACGAUAUCAAGAACAUGGCACGUUAUGGAGGUCACUACAACAUCCUGCUUCAUCCCUCCGACGCUGUGUUGGACAAGAUCCAGAUUCAACGUGCUCUGCAUGAUGCUGUGCGGCCUUUUGGUGUGUACUUCAACCAAACCGGUAUCGCUAACUGGUGGACCGUCCGCGACCGUACUGUUGUCACCAUCAAGACCGCAACUACCACCUCGGUCACAAUGAACGUCCACUUGGAAGGUCGCGUGGAAGGACUCACGCUGCAGGUCCCGAAGACAUACACCUUGCAGUCCGCGAGCGGUACGCUCUCGGCCUGCCAGCAAGUCUCGUACGAUACUUUCACCAACGCUGUUGUCCUGCGUAACACCGCCAAGGGAGAAUACACGCUCACUUUCUCUGUCGGCACUGGCGCUUCUACCGCUUCUACUUGCCCUGACUUCACCGUCCAACCCAUGACACAAUGCGUGGCUUGGGAUGUUGCGGUCGACGACUUCCUUGAGAACUACUUCUAUGACAACGGCGUCAACCUGCUCCUUUUGAAGACUCUCGAAACGGGUCUGGGCACCAACCGGGUGAAUGGCACUCUGCAGCUGACCUCAACUUCAAGCGUCAACUCGUAUUACACUGAGGUCUCGCGUUUUUGCUUCGAUGCUACGAUUUACACUCACCUGUUCUUUGACACCGUCAUUCCUAAGGGUACCACUUUCUCCGUGCAGCUUGUAUCUUACGAUUCCGGCUGCAACAACGAGAGGGCGAGCACUACGUUCCUCGACAUCCGCGAUUACGCUGCUGCUGACGGGAAGAACCAAACCGUCACGAUUCCUCUGAAGGACUUUGCCGGAGAGAACUUCAACAAUGUGCGUGGCGUUCGCCUCGUGAACAUUGCACCAACCCAGGUCCCCAUCUACAUUGACAACAUCAAGAUCCAGAAGCGAUGUGUAACAGCGCCCGGAGAGGACAAGACCCCAGGCCUUUCAAUCGACUCCUUCCAGAAUGUCGAUCGAUGGAUCACUGGUAUCAACAACAUCUUCGGGAAGACUGAUGAUGACGGUACCAUGAAGUUCGCCAAGCUCUCGGAGCUGGGUAAGAUGCAGUUGUUGCCCGCCAACGCAAACUCCUACAUUUACAGCCGAACUGCUGUCAACGGAAAUAACCUGAAUGCCCAGGGCUACACUGAUGUUUCGCUCAAUGUCCGUGGCCCCGCUGGUGGCUCCUUUGAUGUUGUCGUGACCUCUGGCACUGGCAACAAAAAUUCCACUGUCAACACAGCUACAUACGCAACCUUGAGUCAGAACAGCUUCUCGAACAUCACCAUUCCUCUCUCGAAGUUCGCUGGUCUCGACAAUAGCUCCAUCAGCCAGAUCACCCUGCGCAACUUCAACCCGAUCAGCACUUCUACUGCUGGUAAUUUCACUUUGCGAUGGAUCUCCCUGCUCGGCAACGGUACCAACACUACUACGCCUUCAACCUGCAGCACUCCUCCUGGUCUUGUGGUAUUGAACUUCUGCGACCUGAGCGAAUUCACCACGCAAACUAGCGCUCUCGGCACUCCUUUCUCAGACGACAACACGAUGAGCUCUUACAACCAGACUGAGAGUGGCUACAUUAACCUCGCCCCUCGCGAUUCGAGCUCAUACUUCUACUCGCUUCUCUCAGCGUCCGGCACUUGCGCAACUGUUAACAGCACCUACAACGCUGUCAGACUUAGGCUCUCAGGCCCACAGGGAGCCACUGCCAACGUCGGUCUCAAGCAUGGUGGCAACAGCUGCAACACCAACGUCGUCACUGACUACGUUCCUGUCACCUUCAACACUGCCGUCACCGAAGUGAUUCUUCCCUUCGCGCAAUUCUCCAGCACCCUCAACCGGGCCUACCUGCAGGCGUUCACAAUGUCCGGCUUCAGCGUCGCAGGCGCCACCUACCGCAUCCACUCGGUGUCCUUCGUAGGAAACUCCAACACCAAGGGAUGCGCGCUUUGCGAGGGAACUGAGGUCGAUUCUUGCACGUUCACCUCUGCGGUGCCGCGCACGAACUCGCUCAGUGGUCUAGUGACCGAUGAAUCUAGUUUGGCCUCCUACACUGUCGACAGUGACGGCUCGCUCAGCCUCGGAAGCAAGGCAGAUGCCUACUGGUACUCCCAGUUUGGCGCCAAUGCAUGCUACGAUUCUACCCAGAACAAUGCCACCGGCCUGCAGAUCUCAGUCGCUGCAGCUGCAGGUACCACUUUCGACCUCGCCUUGCGCUGGAAGACGGAUUCUCAGUGCACCACUGUCUCUUCACCGGCAUCGGUCCCGAUCACCAACUACGUCACCUUCGCCGGCAACACAACGUAUAAGGUUGCCAAGAUACCAUUCUCUGCCUUCCCUGGCAUCAAUGCCAGCAGGCUCGACAGCGUCGCACUAGCUGGUUUCAAUCCUACAAACGCCAACGUCAAGGUCGGGUGUGUGAGUUUGGUGCAAAUGGCUGCCGCGACUGUUCCCCAGACGUGCGCUUGCCCAACCAAUGCAUGGCUCAACUACUGCAGUGGUACUGGUGUCGCGAACCGCAACGCGAACGGUGGUGCUCAGAGUGAUGACGGAACGAUGAGCACUACGCCUGUUCUCGCCAACGGUGCGCUGGCUCUGAAGCCCGCCGCAUCAGGAUCUUACUGGUACUCGCUGCUGAGCAACCUCGACGUUUCCUCGAACAGUGCUCUCACUCUCAAUGUGUCGGCAAAGGCGGGUGCAUCUUUCAACAUCCAGCUGCAGAGCAGCGGUCAGCGUAGCAGCCUGUCCAGCAGCGCUUACGGAGCUAUGACCGGCAGCCCAGUUCUCCUGAGCAUCCCGCUCUCUGACUUCACUGCGAAGACCAGUGCAUUGAACCUCAAGGCGAUCACUGCUGUUGUCCUUGAAUCCUUCAGCGACGCAACGUCCACAUACAGCCUCAACUGUGCCUACUUUGGCAGCAGCAGCAGCAGCUCGACGACCACUGCUGCAGUCCAAAGACGCGACUUGUCCGACGAUGUUUCAAGCGGUAACGCGACGCUCGUAGCUGGACCGCUCGCUCUCUGGCAACCAAGCUUCGUGUGGCACCACACUGGCAACAUCCACAAGCACCAGCACGAUAACAAGACAAAAAACCAUGCAGUCUUUUUCACGAACUCAACGACGACGCGCGCUAAGUUUGUCUAA